GUCUAGUAGACCGAUAAAGUAGUUUACGAGGCAUCAACCCACCUGAAAGUUGAAACAGGCACCGAAUGUGACGGCGCGUCCCUUGCAACCUCCGCCAUACGCGUGCACCUUGCGCGUCACCUACUCCAAAAUCUUGCUCGCAGAUCUCAAGCACCGAGUAUCUGGGAUAAGUAAAGUGAAGGAGGUUCUUUUACGUAAUUUCACUCCACCUCCGUCACCCCUCCCCGCCCAUCUGGCUCUGCUAACUUCCACCGGGUGCCACUCUACGCACCCCCACUACAUUUUUCCUCUAUUCCAUCACAAAACCCCUCUGAAGAAUAUCAAAGCGAGAAGAUGCGGUCGCUUUUUGCUCUCCUGAUUCUGUUGUUCAUUCUCAACGCCGGCGAUUCCGUGCCUGAUGACGGAGUAUUUAAUGCUACCGUUUUAAACGGUACGUCUCAGGGUAAGGAAGGGAGUUUUGCUGAUAUGAUCGAUCACGCAUUGGCGAAAGAGUUCAAUGAGACUGAUGAACUCUCCGACGUCAGUGAUCCUGGGAGCUUCAACAACAGUGUGGCCGAACAGCAGGCAGUCCUGGAAACUGUUGCUAGAGUUAAGCCCAAGAAAAAUGAGACCAAAGAUGAAAAGUCAUUUCAGUUUCAUGAUGUUUUUAAUCUCGAUAAUGAGAAUCGACCUGAAGACACGCCAACCUUGAUAGAUAAGAAGGACAAUGUUUUCAUUAUGUCGAAUGCCAAGUCCAAGUUUCCUGUAUUACAGUUGGACUUGAGAUUCAUAUCUGAUCUAGUUGUUGUAAUUGUCUCCGCGACCUGUGGUGGAAUUGCCUUUGCUUGUGCUGGACAGCCGGUUAUAACUGGAUAUUUGCUAGCAGGAUCUGUUAUUGGACCGGGUGGUUUUAGUUUUGUUAGUGAAAUGGUACAAGUUGAGACAGUCGCACAGUUUGGAGUUAUUUUUCUUCUUUUUGCACUGGGCUUGGAGUUCUCGGCAGUGAAGAUUCGUGUUGUGAGGGCAGUUGCUGUCUUAGGCGGGUUGCUUCAGAUAUUUCUGUUUAUGUGCUUGUGUGGGAUAAUAGCCUCGUUGUGCGGUGGAGAAUCAUCUGAAGGUGUCUUUGUUGGUGUCUUCCUCUCAAUGUCUUCAACAGCAGUGGUUCUAAAAUUUUUAAUGGAAAGGAAUAGCAUCAAUACACUGCAUGGGCAGGUCACUGUUGGAACCCUGAUUCUGCAGGACUGUGCGGUGGGUUUGCUAUUUGCCCUCCUUCCAAUCCUUGGUGGUUCCUCUGGUGCUCUUCAAGGAAUUGUUUCCAUGGCAAAAUUGUUGAUAGUGUUAGUUACAUUUUUGGCCAUUUUGUCAAUGUUAUGCCGCACUUGUAUACCUUGGUUUCUUAAGUUGAUGAUUAGCCUAUCCUCACAGACUAAUGAACUCUAUCAAUUGGCAUCUGUCGCUUUCUGCUUGCUUGUUGCUUGGUGUAGUGAUAAGUUGGGCCUGAGCCUUGAAUUGGGUUCCUUUGCUGCUGGAGUGAUGAUAUCAACAACUGAUCUUGCUCAUCAUACUCUUGAACAGGUGGAGCCAAUCCGGAACUUAUUUGCUGCCCUUUUCCUAGCCAGUAUUGGAAUGCUUAUUCAUGUUCAUUUUCUUUGGAACCACAUUGAUAUUCUGCUGGCAGCUGUUCUAUUGGUGAUUGUUGUAAAAACAAUCGUGGUCACGUUGGUCGUGAAAGGAUUUGGCUACAACAAUAAGACUUCAGUUCUUGUUGGAAUGUCUCUUGCACAAAUUGGAGAAUUUGCUUUUGUUCUUCUUAGCCGCGCGUCAAACCUGAAGCUGAUUGAGGGUAAAUUGUACAUGCUUCUUCUUGGAACGACAGCUCUCAGUCUGGUAACCACACCAUUAUUGUUCAAGCUAAUACCUGCAGUAGUACGUCUUGGAGUGCUAUUACGGUGGUUUUCUCCUGAUUCGACACACGAGAUCGGAUUUAGAGGAGAUAGUCUGCGUGCAGACACUGCUAAGCAUAUUUCUUUGAUGGUCCAAGGCUCUCAUGAUUCAUGAUAAUAAUAAAAUAUAUGAACCAGAACUGCAAAUAUCGCACUUGACCUGAUGGCCUUCUUAUGCUCUGGGGGACAGGUGUUUAAGAGUUCAAAGGAGGUCGACUGAUACUGAAAGUUGUAAAAUGUUAUAAAGCUCCCUAUGCUCCAGCAACAUGAAUUGAGAGAGUUUGAUGCAAUGACUAGGAUUUCAGAACAUAGCACUGCAGAUAUAAAUACUUAUUGCAAUAGUACGGAAGAAGUUUAUACUGUAAAUCUCCCACAGCAAUCAUUUCUUUUUCCUCCCUUAGUCAUACUACAUUACAACUUUGAAAUGACCAAUCAGCUUGUCAAAUGGAUAGGUGUACAUUUCUGUAUAAUAGUCCCACAUUGUAUAAAUUUCCAAUUUUGUUCGAUUCCAACAAAGUAACCCUUCUUUUGUAGCGAAAUAGCAUUGCUGCGUCUCUUGUAGAUUUACGGUACUCGUUUGUGCUCUA